CUCCCACACACGGAAGGGGUGGAACCGUUCCCUCCUCUUCUCCCUCCUCCUCCUCCAGCGGCCACCAGGAACCCUGAGAUCCACGAGCCAGGACCCCACUGCCAGGUCUGCUGCACUACCCUCCAGGACCUCCUGCAGCAGGGGACAGGCGGUGCAGGAGGCUGUUGGUCUGGAACAUGUCUCCACCUGCCCCAGCCUCUGUGGCUCCAGGCUUCACCUUCCCCCAUCCAUGGCCAACCCAGGCCCAUCACUCCAUGGCGCCUUUGAUAUUCUAGAAGCCAUGGGAAGGGACAGGCUGGCCCACCUGAAACACAAGUUGGGGAGUCUGCAUCCAGGCAGCCAGGAGUCCAAGCUUCUUCACGCCAUGGUGCUCUUGGCUCUGGGCCAGGACACUGAGGCCAGGACCGCUCUGGAGUCCUUGAAGGCGGACACGGCGGCCCGGCUGGUAGCCCACCAGUGGGCAGGUGUGGACAGCACAGAAGACCCUGAGGAGCCUCCAGAUUUGUCUUGGACCGUGGCUCGCCUGUACCACCUGCUGGCCGAGGAGAACCUGUGUCCGGCUUCCACAAGGGACAUGGCUUACCAGGUGGCCCUCCGCGACCUCGCCUCCCAGGGUGACCACCUGCUGGGCCAACUCCAGAAGGAGGCCUGGGAUCGGUGCAGUUCAGACCUCAUGGGGGGCUCCCGUGGCUUCCAGCCACUCCACUCUGAUCUGGGUGGCCUGCCGCCGUCUUCGGCAUCCCCUUCGUUGACCAGGAGCCAGCCUCGACCCAUUGAUACAUCAGACUGGAGCCGGGGCCAUUCUCUACACUCCACCGGCAGCAUGGCCUCACUGGCCAGCCACUUGGAGAUCAGCCAGUCACCCACCCUGCCUUUCCUCUGUCCACAACGUGGGACCCAUGGGCCCAGCAAGCUCUGUGGCACACCCCCGGCCUCCCCUGAGCCUCAGCUUGUCCCUGUAGGCUGCCAAGAACCUGAGGAAGUGAGCUGGCCCCCGUCAGUGGAGACCAAUGUCCCCUUGGGGUCACCACAGAGAAGUGGGGUCCCAGAGGUGUCCCCGGAGGUGGCUUCGGCCAUCCUCCCUGACUCUCCGGCUGCUCCAGACACGAGUGUCCACUGCCCUGUUGAGUGCACGGAGGUAUCUGCAGGCUCUCAGUCUCUCCUGCCACCCACCACGGAAGGCACUGGAAAACAGCUGUCUAUCACAAGUCAGCUGUCACCUCCCGGGUCUGUAGGAGAUGACAGUCUGCAGAACACCACAUCCAACCCCCCUGCCCAGCCACCGUCCUCCCAGGUCCCCUCUACACUGCCUCCUUCGUCCUCCUCCCCUCCGUCCUCCAAUUCCUCCUCCAGCGGCUGCUCUGCGCCCCCAGCCUCCGCGUCCCCCGUUCUGGGCCACUUGGAAACAUCUGAGCAGAAAUUCUAUAACUUCGUGGUCAUCCAUGCCAGGGCUGAUGAACACGUGGCCCUACGUAUCCGAGAGAAGCUGGAGACCCUUGGGGUGCCCGAUGGGGCCACCUUCUGUGAGGAAUUUCAGGUGCCUGGGCGGGGUGAGCUGCAUUGUCUCCAAGAUGCCAUCGACCACUCGGGGUAUACCAUUCUGCUCCUGACCACCAACUUCGACUGUCGUCUGAGCCUGCACCAAGUCAACCAUGCCCUUAUGAACAGCCUCACGCAGUCGGGAAGGCAGGACUCUGUGAUCCCCCUCCUCCCACUGGAGUGCUCCCAGGCCCAGCUCAGCCCCAGCGCAACCAGCUUGCUCCACAGCCUUGUGUGGCUGGAUGAACACUCCCCGAUCUUUGCCAGGAAGGUGGCGAACACCUUCAAACCACAGAAGCUCCAGGCACACCGGAUACGCUGGAAGAAAAAGCAGGAGACCAGAGCCCUCCAGGAGCAGAGCAUACAGCUAGAGGCUGAGCGGCAAAGGGUGGCUGCCUUGUCGGCUGCCUACUCGGCCUACGUCCAAAGCUGCAGCGCCUGGCAAGCGCAGAUGGACAGCCUGCGGGGGGCCUUUGGGAAGGACUUGUCAGUGGGGACCCCUACAUUCCCCCAUUGGCUGGGAUGUCCAGAGCCAACACCUUCACAUCCACAGCAGGGUGGUACCCCAGUUUCUUCCUAUUUCCCGCAGCCUCCGUCUUUCCCGCAGCCUCCGUCUUUCCCGCCGUCCGCGUCUUUCCCGCAGCCUCCGUCUUUCCCGCAGCCUCCGUCUUUCCCGCAGCCUCCGUCUUUCCCACCGUCCCCGUCUUUCCCGCAGUCUCCACCCUUCCCAUCUGCCUCCUCCGCAGCCCCCCAGACUCCAGGAUCUCUCAUUAUUCACCAUGCCCAGAUGGUUCAGCUGGGCGUCAACAACCACAUGUGGGGCCAGACAGGGGCCCAGCCGACGGACGACAAGACUGGGUGUCUGGAGGAACCCUGCAUGGGCCCUCCGAGUGACCAGGAGGGACCCCGACUUGAGCCUCCAGAGUGAUCAUGUUGGGGCCCACCUGGAUUCCUAAAGUGACCAGGCUGAACCCAAGCUAGACUGCCAGAGUGGCCACGCUGGACUUCACCUGGGUCCCUAAAGUGACAGUGGGGGAGGGGAACCUCGCCUGGGCCCUCACAGUGGCCGCGAACUGGACCCAGCUUGGUACUCUAGAGGGCGGGAAGACCUCGCCUGUAAACUCAGGGCCUCGGAAACAUCCAGAACCCUAGUGAACAUUGGACAGGACUCUGUGGAACCGCAACCUGCAUCCUCUAGGUGGACAGAAGACGAUGGCCAUGGGUUUUUCCGGGGUGCUCCCAGCAGCCACGUGUUCAUUUACUGUGGCACGUGGUGUCUCUGGGGAGGAUGUGGUGCUGGGGCAAUAGAGGGGGUCCUGCCACUAUAAUAGUUAUUGACGGCUGAGUCACGAGCCUGCGUCCCCCAGCCAACACCGCCCUCAGGCAACAAGCAGGAGACUCGGCUCCGCCAGGACCGGAAAAGAGCGAGCACCGGCCGCUCGGCUCCCUGAGCAGCAGAAACCGGACGUUGUGAGUGUGUUCUCAUUCCAUUGGUCAGCGCGGGCCACGUGGCCUUCUGCUGCAAGGGACUUUGGGAAAUGUAGUUUUUUGGGGGAAGCCAUAUCUCAGGAAGUCUUGUAAUGUCAGAAAAGAAGAAAAAAAAGACACGGGGAGUUUCUGGC